AUGUCAGUCAUGCGCAUAGCCGUAGCCGGCACUUGCGGGUUGGCCUUGAUCAUAGCUCGCCAGAUCCAUGAUUCGACAAGUCACCAACUCAUCAUCCUAUCAAGAAGUCCGCAGCCAGGUCUCCAGUCUCAAGGAUACCAAUGUCAAGUCGUCGAUUACAACGAUCCGUCUUCGAUCCAGCAUUCUUUGAUGGGUGUUGACACAACGAUAUCCACCGUCACAGGCAAUGCUCAGUUGCGACUGAUCGAAGCCGCCGUGGCAUGUCGCGUACGCCGCUUCGUUCCAGCGGAGUUCGAGGGUCAGCCUAGCCUUAGGACCCAAAAUGGUCUCCUAGAUCGUGGGCGAGCCGCUGCCCUGGCUCUGUUACAGCACUACCGUGGCUACAUCCAAUCAGGCGUAUUUGUUUGUGGUAUCUUUUAUGAACGAUUCUCGGUCAACGGAAUGGUGUCCCUUCGCAUCGGUGUGAACACUGGUUAUGGAAACGAAGGAGACUACAUUGCUGAUCCGAGAAACAUGACAGCUGUGGCGCCAGUAUAUGACUCCAGCCAGAAUCUGUCGGUUGUGUGCCUGACAUCCGUGUACGACGUCGCGCGAUUCGUUGUCAGGUCCUUGGACAUGCAGUCUUGGCCUCAAGAGAUGACCAUGUGCGGAGAGAGGAUAACGGUGCAGACUCUGAUCGAGACUAUACAGUCAUGUAGAGGGCGUCAGUUCUAUCCCAUCGAGUGGCAGAACCCUGCGAACCUGCAAUACCAGAUGACUAUGGCACAAAUGGCUGGCGAUACUGCCAAACAGCGGAAACUCGCCACGCUUAUCGAGACCUCCGAGAAUCGGUACCAAUUCACGUCCCCUGCGUAUCUAAACUCACUGUUUCCGGACAUUGUACCAAUGAGCUUUCGUAACUGGUUCACAAACAACUGGGCCUCUGUGCCUUAA